AUGGGCCGAGUGAGAUUUAUAUCAUAUACUGGAACUGGACCUGCACUGAUGAUGAAUGGGACCAUUUGUAACUCCUCAAACAAUAACAGCUGUGGAGACUAUAAUUACAUUGACACCUCGUCAUAUAACCCUUAUGAUUACUAUUUUGUGGUCUUGUGUUUGGUUUCCUUACUGGGAACCAUAGGAAAUGGUCUGGUCAUCUGGUUCUGCCUCUUCAGGAUGGAGAAGACCGUCAAUGUGAUCUGGUUCCUCAACCUGGCGAUAGCUGAUUUUAUAUUUGCACUGUUUCUUGCUUUCAUUAUUGUAGACUUAGUAUUUCUGAAUGACGGGCUACUUAGUAAUUCCUUGACCAUGAUCACCAUAUUUGUAAUCUAUCUCAAUAUGGUGGUCAGUAUCUUCCAGCUCGCAGUCAUCAGUGUAGACCACUGUAUCUGUGUCAUAUUCCCGGUUUGGUGUCACAAUCACCGGACCAGAAGAUUGGCUCUGAUUGUUGUCCUGGUCAUUUGGAUUUUUUCUAUUUCUUCACAAAUAAUUAAUUUAAUUUACUUAGGUGUAUUGGAUGGCCUUUAUAACUGGAGACCUAUUGCAAGGUUUCUCUUUCUCUUCCUUCUUCCGUUCAUUGUUAUGGUCUCAUCUUACACAAUCCUUAUCUUGCGCAUCAAAGAUAAAAGCAUCAUCAAAUCUUCCAGGCCUUUUAAGAUCAUCGUAGCCGUGGUCAUCGCUUUCUUCAUUUGUUGGUUCCCUUAUUACUUGUUUGACUUUUUGACUAUAAUUCCACAUAUAAACAUCAAUGUCUAUAUAGCUGGAAUAAAAAUUAGUUUAUGUCUGAUGCUUUUUAAUUGUUGCAUUAACCCCAUUCUCUACGUCUUCAUUGGUCAGGAUUUCAAACAAAAAUGUUGUGGCUCUUUCCAGGCUGUCUUUGAGAAGGCCUUCAGAGAAGACAUGGGCCAGAUGAAUUUCAUGGAAAACUAA